GUUAUGUGACCGACGAUCUGUGAUAAGGACAGUGGCAGUAGUUCGCAAUGCCGAGAAGACCAUAUUUCCAUCUGGUCGCUACCUUCCUGGCAUAUCUACAAUAUGCCCAUGGCAUACUCUACGCUCAACCGGAACAGAUUCAUCUGUCUUACGGCCGUGACCCGUCUUCGAUGAUCGUGACGUGGAACACAUACAAUGACACGAAGAUACCAGUUGUGAAAUACGGUUCCAGUCCUCUGGCGGUCAACCAGCAGGUUACUGGCUACAGCACCCACUUUGUGGACGGAGGGACGGAGCACAGGGCCCAGUACAUACACAGAGUCGUCAUCACUGGGCUUACUCCUGGACAGAAAUACUUCUACCACUGCGGCAGCGACGAUGGGUGGAGCGAUCCCUUCUCCUUUACAGCCAUGCCCGAGGGGACCGAGUGGAGUCCCCGCAUCGUCAUGUUCGGGGACCUGGGGAACGUGAACGCCCAGUCCCUGCCCAGACUUCAGUCUGAGGUGGACAUGUAUGAUGCCGUCCUGCACAUCGGUGAUUUUGCUUACGACAUGGACAAGAAUCAGAGCGCCGUCGGUGACGCCUUCAUGCGGCAGAUUCAGCCCAUAGCUGCUUAUCUCCCUUACAUGACCUGCCCUGGCAACCACGAGAACAGCUACAACUUCUCCAACUAUAAGAACAGAUUCACCAUGCCGUCUGACGAGCAGUCAGAUAGAAUGUUCUUCAGUUUCGACAUAGGCCCCGCCCACAUCAUCUCCUUCUCUACCGAGUACUACUUCUACGUCAACUACGGCAUCUCUCAGCUUGUCCGGCAGUACGAGUGGUUGGAGCAGGACCUCAAGGAAGCAAGUCUCCCCGAGAACCGAGCUAAACGGCCAUGGAUCAUCACGAUGGGACACAGACCGAUGUACUGCUCCAACACUGACAACGACGACUGCACCCACCUGGAGAGCUUGGUAAGGACUGGCAUUCCCAAACUUCAUGUUAACGGUUUGGAGGACAUGUUCGACAGGUAUGGAGUGGACUUGGCGGUGUGGGCUCACGAACAUUCCUAUGAACGCUUUUGGCCUGUGUUUAACAGAACAGUGUACAACGGCAGCUACGACCAGCCCUACACCAACCCUGGUGCCCCCGUCCAUCUGAUCACAGGAUCAGCGGGCUGCAGUGAGCGCCAUGACAACUUCGCCAAGGAUGCAGGCCCGUGGUCAGCAUUCCGCAACCUUGACUACGGCUACACUCGGAUGACCAUCCACAACAGCACCCACAUCAGCUUUGAACAGGUGUCGGAUGACAAGAAGGGGCAAAUCGUGGAUAGUUUCAAGCUCAUCAAAGACAGACACGAAUCUUACGGGCUUAGUGGCGGCAACUGAAUCACAGAAAGCUAUCCCAAAAUAGAUAUGCGUAAAUGACAUGUAAUUUGUCUUUCGAAUAUAGGCACGAUCCAGUUUGUAUUAAUGUUUUCUAAAAUGUUUUGACAUUUGAUAUUGUUGAUCCUGUCCUAUGACGAUAUGUCUUCAUUCGUUUCGAGCUUGAAAUUUCGUCAGAUUUGAAGAUAUUUGCUUCAACUAUUUGAUUACCUUUUCUUGGUUUGUUUUUUAAUGAACGGAACAUUUGAAAUGUUGCUGCGACCCUGAUUAAUUAUCUACAGUGGAAAAUAAAGACAUGUCUCAGAUGGCGUGGUGGAGUUAAA